AACCACUAAUUUUGUGUGGCUAGAAAAUGUGUAAAAUGAGGUUUAUUUCUUUGCUCAAGUUUGGUUUUUGUGACUGAUAUUCGUAUAUGCGCGAAAUUUAGUUAUGGUGAAAUCUGCUGUUUUCAUAUCAAACUGUAAGACAAAAGUCAUUUGCUGACUCGUGCGCGGGACUUAAAAUAGCAUUUUUUAGAUUGCGUUUACACGGGACUGGACGAAUUUUGAACCGUGCUCGAAAUCGUAAAGUUCAGGUGUUCACACUGUAAAAAUAGCUGAAAUUUUGCAUUGACUUCAUUUUAUCUUAUCUUUGCCGAAUUUGGUAUGCAAAUAGACAUCUUAGUCAGUCAUCACUGAUCAAGCAUGUACCAAUUUCUUUGAUCACGCCAUACCAACAUUUUUUUACUCAGUAAUACAGCUCCGUCUGAAAUGAAACAAAUGAUUUGAAAUGACACUGUGGACGAAAUUCAAACAGUUCUUUCAAACCUUGUCGCUUUCUGAAGCGAGCUCUGAGAAUUUGAAGCCAGAGAAAGGUUUAUACAACGAAGCAAAAUACAAACAUAUUUCAGACGAGAUCUCAGACGUGGACGAAGCAACGAAUUUGAAUGCUGAAUUUUACAGAUCUCAUUCAAUCGAUGAAAUUCAGGAUGAAAUUGGCUUGCGAUUUUUUCAUUGGAAAGUUUUCCUGCUGCUCGGCUUCCUUAAUAUGACAGAUUCACUUGAAAUUUCUAUUUUGGCCGUGGUGAUUCCGAUUAUAAAAUCAGAAUGGAAUGUCUCCUCAUUUAUGGCUGGGGUAUUGACGCUCUCAAUAUCUAGCGGAAUGAUCGCUGGAUCUUUAUUUUGGGGUUGGGUGUCGGACAAAUACGGCAGAAAGCGUUCAUUCAUUGGCAGUGCGGCGUUCAUAUUUGUUUUUGCAUUUGUGAGCGCGUUUUCAAUGAACUAUUACUGGCUUUGGAUAAGCCUUUUCUUUGUUGGCUUCGGAGUGGCUACUUUAUUUCAAAGUUCUGUUAUGAUAGUGGAAUUAUUCCCGCCAAAAUCUCGAUCACUUUUUUGUCUAUUUGUCACCGUCUUUUGGACUUUAGGAUUUCUACUUUCGGCUGUUGUUUCAAUGGAGCUUUCGGUGAUCGGUUAUCAUUGGGCUCUGGCUACCGUGUGUUUUCCGACUGCAAUUUUUCUUAUUGGUAGUAUUGUAUUUCUUCCAGAAUCGCCACAUUUUUACCUUGCAGCCGGGGACGAGCAGAAAGCUUUGAACAUUCUACAAGAUUUGGCGCCUGAAAUGGAUUUCAGCGACACAAGACUUCGGAAACACGAUCCUGAGACACAGAGGGCAGAUUUUACACAACUAUUUCGAUCAGGUUAUUGGAAAAUAACAAUAUGCGCUUGUAUCGCGACGUUUAUCCUCGAUUUAUCGUACUAUGAUUUAGUUUAUACGGCGUCAGACGUUGCAAGCAGUCAUCACAAUGACACAUCUUUAACAACUAGUUUACAUGACGAUGCAUUAGAAAGCGGUCAUUUGUAUUCUGUCAUGGCCUGGAUGAACCUGCCUGAGUUUGUGAUUGUUAUCGCAGCUGCUCUAAGUUGUUACGUUUUCACAGUGAAGAGAGUACUUCUAACUGUUAUAUUGCUACCAACUUUAUCACUUAUUAUCUCUUUGUUCUUCGUCACUCAGAGAAUGCCGUUACUCAUAGUCAUGAUGUUAUCUCGAAGUUUUCUUAUGGCAGACACAACUCUUAUAGUAAUAUUGGCAUCGCUCAUUUACCCGACAGAAAAUCGUAGCAUUGGAGUUGGAACUUGUUUUUCCGUUGGUCGUAUUGGGACACUUUUGGGACCCUUUAUCUUCGAGACUCUUUACGCAGAAGCAUAUUUUAAAGGAAUUGUAUUCAAUAUAACGAUAUUACCGGUUGCAUUUGUAGCAACUGUUUUGCUGCCGUCGCAUGGUGCCACCUUAAACUAAUUGAAUUACGAGACAAGCUGUGUUGCAACUCUUAACACUCUGAAUUAUGCAAGGCUUAGCG